AUCUUCUUCUACGUUUUCUUUUCUUCGUCCCUAGGGCUUUCCUUCCAUUUUCCCCUUCUCCAUUCCUGAGGGGACCCCCUUUGUUUUUACGUAAUUCAAUUCUUAACUCAGAUUUCAAACGCUACCACGCCUUCUAUCCAAUCACCGGCGUUUCACCGAUUUCUCCUUUACAUUUCGAUGGGCGUUGUGUUCUAGGUGUUGUAAUUUGGUUUUUGAUUUCUUUACUUUCCAUUGCUCUGAAGGGUUUAUGAGCAAUUCCUGAUUUCUUGUUUCUCUUGCCGUGGAUUCACAUUCUUUUUCUCUAUAGGGGUAAGGGGAAUCUAGGGUUUUCGAAUUGAGGGGGGUUGUGUGAGGACUUAGCUGGUUUUCGGUUCAGCUAGUGUUCGUUGUUUUCUUUUCGGUUUGUUUAAUUUGGUACUGGUCAGAUGCGUAGUAAAUUCGGAUCAAGAACUGUGUGAUCGCCGCUCGGUGGCGAGCGACUCAUCGAUUCGAGGGUUUGGGUUUUUGUAUGGAAACUCGGAGCAGAAAGCGGGCGGAGGCCUCCUCAGCAGCCCCUUCUUCGUCUUCUGGUCCCACUACCCGUUCUAACAAGCGCGCUCGUCUUUCUGGUGCUUCCUCAUCGAAUCUUGCUGCAUCAACUCUUUCGAUCUCAACUCGUUCUCGCUCUACUCGAACCCAGGAACCGUCUGCCACCACUACUCCAAUGGACUCGACUAACGAAUCAUCAGGGUCACGCCGACGUGGGAAGAAUUCUGAUAAAGAAAACUCGGAUAAGGGGAAGGAGAAGGAACACGAGGUUAGAAUUGGGGAUAGAGAAAGAAAUGCUGAGCAGAGCUUUGGGUUAAAUAUUGAAGGCAGUGGCGGUGGGGAGGAUGAUGACAACGACAGUGAAGGAGGAAUGGGAGUUUUGCAGCAGAAUUUAUCCACAGCAAGUAGCGCCCUUCAAGGACUUCUUAGGAAACUCGGUGCUGGAUUGGAUGAUUUACUUCCAUCUUCUGCAAUUGCAUCGGCUUCGUCAUCACAGCAGAGAGGGCGGCUUAAGAAGAUCUUAUCUGGGUUGAGAGCGGAUGGAGAAGAAGGGAGGCAGGUUGAGGCAUUGACACAACUCUGUGAGAUGCUCUCAAUUGGCACUGAGGAGUCUCUAAGUACUUUCUCUGUCGAUUCCUUUGUCCCUAUCCUUGUUGGCUUACUUAAUCACGAAAGCAAUCCUGAUAUAAUGCUUCUAGCGGCCAGGGCACUAACCCAUCUCUGCGAUGUUCUCCCUUCAUCAUGUGCUGCUGUCGUGCAUUAUGGUGCUGUUUCCUGCUUCUGUGCUAGAUUGCUGACUAUAGAAUACAUGGACCUAGCUGAACAGUCCCUGCAAGCUUUAAAGAAGAUAUCCCAGGAACACCCUACUGCCUGCCUGCGGGCUGGUGCUCUUAUGGCUGUGCUAUCAUAUUUAGAUUUCUUCUCUACAGGAGUUCAGCGAGUCGCAUUGUCCACUGCUGCUAAUAUGUGCAAGAAGCUUCCUUCAGACGCAGCUGACUUUGUGAUGGAAGCUGUUCCCUUGCUGACAAACCUUCUUCAGUAUCAUGAUGCAAAAGUGUUGGAACAUGCUUCAGUUUGUUUGACCCGUAUUGCGGAGGCCUUUGCAUCAUCUCCUGAUAAAUUAGAUGAACUAUGUAACCAUGGACUUGUUACGCAAGCUGCCUCACUUAUUUCCACCAGCAGUACUGGAGGUGGACAGUCAACACUUGGCUCAUCGACUUACACAGGAUUAAUUCGACUUCUUUCCACAUGUGCAAGUGGAUCUGCUUUAGGUGCAAAAACUUUGCUGCUUCUUGGUAUCAGUGGGAUUCUUAAAGAUAUCUUAUCUGGUUCUGGCGUGUCUACUAAUGCAUCUGUUUCGCCUGCUUUAAAUAGACCACAAGAGCAGAUUUUUGAGAUAGUCAACUUGGCAAAUGAGCUUCUACCUCCUCUACCUCAAGGAACUAUUUCCUUUCCACCCAACUUUAAUUUGUUUGUGAAAGGACCUGUCAUCAAGAAGCCAUCUACUAGCGGUUCUGUGAAAGAAGAAGAUCAAACUGAUAGUGUUCCAGAAGUGUCAGCUCGUGAGAAACUCUUAAAGGAUCAGCCUGAGCUCCUCCUCCAGUUUGGAAUGGAUCUUCUUCCUAUUUUAAUACAGAUCUAUGGUUCCAGUGUGAAUGGUCCAGUACGUCAUAAAUGUCUCUCAGGAAUUGGAAAAUUGAUGUACUUCAGCACUCCAGAGAUGAUACAGUCAUUAUUGAAUGUGACGAAUAUAGCAAGUUUUCUAGCUGGUGUUUUGGCAUGGAAAGAUCCACACAUUUUGAUUCCUGCUCUCCAAAUUGCUGAGAUUCUUAUGGAAAAGCUUUAUGAAACAUUUUCUAAGAUGUUCCUUCGAGAGGGUGUUGUUUAUGCUGUUGACCAGCUUAUCUUGGCUAAUAACCAAAAUACUUCUCCCCAAGCGGCUUCUGUCGAGAAGGAUAACAACUCUGCAUCUGGAACUGCAUCACGCACUCGACGUUAUAGGCGGCGUAGUGGAAAUAUGAAUUCGGAUGGAAGUUCACUGGACGAAAACAAGAAUUCUGUCUCUGGAAGUGGUGUUCCACAGGGUUCAGUGGAGGUUCCGUCAAUUAAUUCUAAUCUCCGAACUUCUGUAAGUUCCUGUGCCAAUGCUUUUAAAACUAAGUACUUCCCUUUAGAUCCGGGAGAUGUUGAAGUUGGAGUUACAGAUGAUCUCUUACGUUUGAAGAAUCUUUGUGUCAAGUUGAAUGCUGGUAUUGAUGAUCAGAAGAAUAAAUCAAAAGGAAAGUUGAAAGCAUCAGGGUCUCGCCUAGAUGAAAUUAUUACAAAUAAGGAAGAGUAUUUAACUGGCGUGAUAUCUGAAAUGCUAGUUGAAUUGGGCAAAGAUUAUGGUGUUUCAACUUUUGAAUUUAUUGGUAGUGGUGUUGUCGGAGUUUUGCUUAACUACUUUUCUUGCGGAUACUUCUCUAAAGGAAGAAUUUCGGAAGUCGAGUUGCCAAAGCUUCGGCAACAAGUGCUUAAAAGAUUUAAAUCAUUUGUUUCUGUUGCUCUUCCUACAAGCAUUAACGAGGGGACGGUAGCUCCUAUGACAGUCUUAGUUCAAAAGCUGCAGAGUGCUUUAUCCUCGUUGGAGCGUUUUCCUGUUGUCUUGAGCCAUUCUUCUAGAUCAUCCAGCGGUAGUGCGCGGCUUUCCUCUGGGCUUAGUGUGUUAUCUCAGCCAUUUAAGUUGCGACUUUGUCGAGCCCAGGGAGAAAAAUCACUUCGUGAUUAUUCAUCAAAUAUUGUUCUGAUUGAUCCACUGGCAAGUUUAGCAGCUGUUGAAGAAUUUCUGUGGCCUAGAGUUCAGAAAAGUGAAUCUGGUCAGAAACCUUCAGCAUCUGGUGCAAACUCAGAUUCAGGAGCUACGCCUCUAGGAAAUGUUGCUCCAUCAGGAAUAAAUUCAACCCCCAGUUCAACCACUCGUCGUUACUCUACUAGGUCUAGAUCAUCGAUGACUAUUGGAGAAAGAGCAGGGAAGGAAUCUUCUUCACAUGAGAAAAGCAUAUCAAAGGGGAAGGGGAAAGCUAUUCUAAAGCCUGCUUGGGAGGAGAAGAGAGGCCUGCAAACUAGAAGUUCUACUCGUAGAAGAGCAGCUAUGGACAAGGAUGCCCAAAUGAAGCCCGUAAAUGGAGAGACUACAUCUGAGGAUGAAGAAUUGGACCUAUCCUCCAUCCAGAUUGAUGAUUCUUUAGUGAUUGAGGAUGAUGAUAUUUCUGAUGAUGAAGAUGAUGACCACGAUGAUGUGCUGCAGGAUGACUCUCUUCCUCUUUGUAUGCCUGAAAAGGUGCAUGAUGUUAAAUUGGGUGACACAGUUGAAGAUGGGGAUGCUGGUCCAGCUACAAGUGAUGGUCAGAUACAUUCAACUUUUGGCUCUAGCAGUAGAGCUGCUGCAGUCAGGGGAUCUAAUUCUCCUGAUCAUAGGAGUGGAAAUUCUUUUAGUUCGAGGGGUGGUAUGUCAUUUGCUGCUGCUGCUAUGGCUGGGCUUGGACCAGCUAAUGGCAGAGGUUUCCGUGGAGGUCGGGAUCCACAGGGACGUCCUCUUUUUGGUAGCUCCAAUGAUAACCCAAAAUUACUUUUUUCUUCUGGUGAGAAGCAGCUCGAUAGGCAUUUGACAAUAUACCAAGCUGUUCAACGCCAGCUUGUUUUGAAUGAAGACGAUGAUGAGAGGUUUGCCGGUGCUGGCAGUGAUUUCUUAUCUAAUGAUGGGAGCAGUUUAUGGGGUGAUAUAUAUACUAUCACGUAUCAGAGGGCAGAUAAUCAAUCUGAAAGAGCUGUUUUAGCUGGGGAAUCAAGCUCCUCAAAAUCUAAAUCUACCAAGUGUGUAUCGACUUCCAAUUCAAAUUCAGAGUCUCAGUUCCAUCAAAUGUCUCUUUUAGAUAGUAUUUUACAAGGAAAACUUCCAUGCGAUUUUGACAAAUCUAAUCCUACGUAUGAUAUACUAUCUUUGUUGCGUGUACUCGAGGGAUUGAAUCAGCUUGCUCCACGCUUAAGGGCACAGAUCGUGUCUGAUCAUUUUGCAGAAGGAAAGAUCACUACACUUGAUGAAUUGGGUGGAAUUGGUGGUAAGGUUCCUCAUGAGGAAUUUAUCAACAGUAAGCUUACUCCCAAGUUGGCUCGACAAAUUCAGGACGCUCUUGCACUAUGCAGUGGGAGUCUUCCCUCAUGGUGUUACCAAUUGACUAAGGCAUGUCCGUUCUUAUUUCCUUUUGAGACUCGCCGGCAGUAUUUCUAUUCAACCGCAUUUGGGCUGUCACGUGCAUUAUAUCGGUUACAUCAGCAGCAAGGAGCUGAUGGUCUUGGAACAGUAAAUGAACGGGAGGGAAGGGUUGGAAGAUUACAGCGCCAGAAGGUCCGUGUCUCCCGUAAUCGUAUUUUAGAUUCUGCUGCGAAAGUUAUGGAGAUGUAUUCUAGCCAGAAGGCUGUUCUUGAAGUAGAAUAUUUUGGUGAAGUGGGAACUGGAUUAGGUCCUACCCUUGAGUUCUACACACUUUUAAGUCAUGAAUUGCAGCGGGCUGGACUUGGAAUGUGGAGGUCUAAUUCAUUGCAAGAGUCGGAUAGUGGUGAAGAUGAACAGGUUAGGAAGGCUAAAGGUGGCUCUAGGCUUACUUCUGAUGCAGCCAAUAUUGAUAUUAUUCAAUCUCCUCUUGGGUUGUUUCCUCGACCUUGGCCACCAAAUGCUGAUUCAUCGGAUGGCAGCCAAUUUUCGAAGGUUAUUGAAUAUUUCCGGCUUGUUGGUCGUGUGAUGGCCAAAGCUCUGCAAGAUGGAAGACUAUUGGAUCUACCGCUCUCAACAGCAUUUUAUAAGCUUGUUCUUGGUCAAGAUCUUGAUUUACAUGAUAUCCUCUCAUUUGACGCUGAGCUUGGGAAGACUUUACAAGAAUUGCAAGCUCUUGUUUGCCGGAAACAGUACUUAGGAUCGAUAAAUGGUGAUAAUCAAAAUACAAUUUCCAACUUGACUUUCCGUGGGAUUCCGGUUGAAGAUCUCUGCUUAGAUUUUACAGUUCCUGGUUAUCCGGACUACGUUUUGAGACCAGGAGAUGAAACUGUUAAUAUUCAUAACUUGGAGGAGUACAUAUCCUUGGUAUUAGAUGCAACUGUCAAGACGGGAAUAAUGCGGCAAAUGGAAGCAUUUACUGCAGGAUUCAAUCAGGUAUUUGACAUAACAGCAUUACGCAUAUUCAUUCCUCAUGAGUUGGACCAUUUGCUGUGUGGCCGUAGAGAAUUGUGGAAGUUCGACACACUUGUUGAUCAUAUUAAAUUUGAUCAUGGAUACACAGCCAAGAGUCCUGCAAUAGUCAAUUUUCUUGAGAUUAUGGGCGAAUUCACACCAGAGCAGCAGCGAGCAUUCUGCCAGUUUGUUACAGGUGCACCUAGGCUUCCACCAGGUGGCCUUGCAGUGUUGAACCCAAGAUUGACUAUUGUGAGAAAGCACUCAUCAACUGCAAAUAAUGCGGCAAACAGCGCGACAGGGGCUUCUGAAUCAGCAGAUGAUGAUUUGCCUAGUGUCAUGACAUGCGCCAACUACCUUAAGCUUCCUCCGUACUCGACCAAGGAAAUAAUGUACAAGAAACUAAUCUAUGCGAUCAAUGAGGGGCAGGGAUCGUUUGAUUUGUCAUGAGUUUUUGGGACUAACCACAACUUGUGUAUACUAUUAACUUGCAAUACUCGGGUCGACGGAUCGUGUUUGUCUGCAAUAGUUAUGGUGGUGAAAGGUGCCUUACUUUUGGCAGCCGCCGCCAGAGAGCAGUUCCUUGGUUUUUUUGGUUCUUUUUCCUUUUGGAGUUUGUACAUUCAUAUGUUAACCAUUCUGUUCAUCAUGUGCUCCUGUUUAUUUGCUCUCUUGGUUAGAGCAAAUGGGUAUUUCUCGGUCUGGUUAAUGUUUGGUCGGAACUAUUGGCCACAUUUUCAGGAAAACGUAGAGGGAAUUUUUCGAACUACUUUUCUCAGUUUCCAACUUUUAGAUUAUUAUGUAAAUAAAUAGGAAUUCGUUGGAUUCCCUCCGCACCUGGGUGGUUAUUGGCUGAUACAUUACAAUGUAUGUCAUAAAAAUGAUUGAAAGCGAAAUAAACAAUUCAAUAUUCUUCUUCCUUCUUUA